UAGCCAGGCUCAGAUAUUCUCUCCCCCCCUCCCCCCUCCCCAACUCUUUGAAUAUAAUUUUAGAUUUAGAUUCAGAUUAAAUCCAAGGGGAAAACACUUUAUAAGGCUGAAAGCUGUGUAGUUGCGAGAGCCGGGGUUAUGAGCUAUCAAAUGCAAUUACAUUAAGACAGAUUAUACUGGGCAAAUUGAGCCAUUUAGAAGGUGAGAAUCAAAGAAACAGCUCUGAUCCUGUCUCUUCCCUCCCACCCCCCCCCCUUUUUUUUUUCUUUCUUUCUAAAUUACGGUUCCUAGUUCCUUGCAAUUCUGAGGCACAAAAGUAGGUGAGACUGCUUUUGUAUCCGCAAAGUGCUUCACUUCUGAAUGUAAUUCUAGCUGAGUGCAAUCUAGGUUAAAAGCUGGACAACUGGGUAAUUAGAGCUCUCUCGCCGCCCAAGGACCGUCAGCCGCGCUGUAGCUCAUCCUCCGAGGGCUCAGAGCCCAUCUCUUCUCCCCGGGGUGGAAGCUGCGGGACCCGGCCGUGCAGCCCCCCGGGCGCUUCUCACGCUCCCUGAGAUGAUGGUGUUGGACAAGGAGGACGGUGUGCCGAUGCUGUCCGUGCAGCCCAAGGGGAAGCAGAAGGGCUGUGCGGGCUGUAACCGGAAGAUCAAAGACCGCUACCUCCUGAAGGCCCUGGACAAGUACUGGCACGAGGACUGUCUGAAGUGCGCCUGCUGCGACUGCCGGCUCGGGGAGGUCGGGUCCACGCUGUACACGAAAGCCAAUCUCAUCCUCUGCCGCCGAGAUUACCUGAGGCUCUUUGGCACCACGGGGAAUUGUGCAGCCUGCAGUAAGCUGAUCCCCGCCUUUGAGAUGGUGAUGAGGGCCAGGGAGAACGUUUACCACUUGGACUGCUUCGCCUGCCAGCUCUGCAACCAGAGAUUUUGCGUAGGAGACAAAUUUUUCCUGAAGAACAACAUGAUCUUGUGUCAGAUGGACUAUGAGGAGGGGCAGCUGAACGGAAGCUUCGAGUCCCAGGUUCAGUAGCCCCCCCCAGCUCCCCGUGGCUUCGAAGCACAGUGGGCCCGGCGUCCAGUCUCUUCCGCGGCCAGGACGGCCGGCCAGCUUGCCUGCAAUAUUUUUUUAAUUCUCAGUCCACAGAGGACUCUUCAUCGUAGUCCCGUUUCCCCGCACCCGACACAAAGCAGUUACAAUUUUAGAUGUACAGUUGUGCUGACUUAACUGAGCACUGCAUUGCCUGUAUGUUCGUGAGUUUCCAGGGGGCUGGGGAGGGGUCUGUACAGUCUGUUUUCUGUAUAUAAACUGGAACAUUUAUUUUAUGAGAAAUGUAAUGCAAUUUUAUUACUGGUGUGAAUUAAAACUAUGAAUGUUUCCUGCAAA